AGGUAGUCCCAUUUGGUUCCCGGGGAGAGAGAACGGAGUGUGAUAAACGAGAGAGAGGGACGCGGAAAGAGCAGGAGCGGUCCAGCGAUCGGUGACAGCUUUUCACUCGAACCGUAUAGAGACCAAAUAAUUGCUGCAUUUGUCUUUUUUUGGUGAAGUUGUCGGAUCAGAGGCUUUUUGUAGGGACAAGGGGAUCUUUCUUCUGUAUAGAGAGUAUCAUUCGGGAUUCAGAAUGUCGGGGAGCAGGGAGGAGGAGCGGCGGAAACUAGCUGACAUCAUUAACCACUGGAACGCCAACCGGCUCGACCUGUUCGAGAUCAGCCAACCCACAGAGGACUUGGAGUUCCACGGCGUGAUGCGUUUCUACUUCCAGGACCGCGUGGCGGGGAACUUUGCCACCAAGUGCAUCCGCGUGUCCUCCACGGCCACCACUCAGGACGUCAUCGAGACGCUGGCCGAGAAGUUCCGGCCCGACAUGAGAAUGCUCUCCUCGCCAAAAUACUCCCUCUACGAGGUCCACGUCAGCGGGGAAGAACGGAAGCUGGACCUGGAUGAGAAGCCACUGGUGGUGCAGCUCAACUGGAACAAAGACGACCGCGAGGGACGCUUCGUCCUCAAGAACGAGAACGACAUCAUCCCCAAGAAGAUACAGAGCAACGGCCCGGAGAGGGAGAAGGAGGGAGUAAUCCAGAACUUCAAACGGACACUGUCCAAGAAAGAGAAGAAGAAGGAGAAGAAGAGAGAGAAGGAGGCUCACAUUCCGGAUGGAGAUGAGCAAGCACUGAACAGAGAAGAUGGAGAGAACUCCAGACUGGCGGCGGAGGUGUACAAGGACAUGCCGGAGAACAGCUUCACCAGGACCAUCUCUAACCCUGAGGUGGUGAUGAAGAGGAGGAGGCAGCAGAAACUGGAGAAGAGGAUGCAGGAGUUCCGCAGCAGCGACGGCAGGCCCGACUCUGGGGGAACGUUGAGGAUCUAUGCAGACAGUCUGAAGCCCAACAUUCCUUAUAAGACCAUCCUGCUGUCCACGACAGACAUGGCAGACUUUGCUGUGGUGGAGGCCCUGGAGAAGUACGGCCUGGAGAAGGAGAACCCCCGGGAGUACUGCAUCGCCAGGCACACAGAUGACAAGUCUGGGAAGGAGAUCGUCCUGGACGAUACGGAGUGUCCUCUUCAGAUCUUCAGAGACUGGCCCAACGACCGAGGAGCCCUCGUGUUCCAGCUGAAGAAGAGACCUCCAGACUACGUGCCUAAGAAGGGCCGGAAACCAGAGGACAAGGGCCUCAGAGGGAAGGGCAUGGACGGGCCCCUGUACGGCUCUCUACCCCCAGAGAAACUGCCUUACCUGGUGGAGCUCAGCCCAGGGAGGGGAAAUCACUAUGGCUACUACACGUAUCAGCACCUGGAAGACGGCUCCGACUCCAGGGACAAACCAAAGCUCUACCGUCUGCAGCACAGUGUCACUGAGUUGGGCUCAGACACGACAGACGAUGGCUCCAUCCAGCUGUUUGGUCCAGGUAUCCUGCCCCACCACUGCAAACUGAUGCACACAGAGGGUCUGGUGACAGUGACGCCACACAGUCUGGAGGCUGAGACCUACGUGGACGGCCAGCGUGUCACCGAGACCACUGUGCUGCGAAGCGGAGCCACACUUCAGUUCGGCGCCUCCCACGUCUUCAAGUUUGUGGACCCUAGCUACGACCACAGCAUGGGCAAGGGAGGUCCCGGACCGAUGAUGAGAGGAAGGCACAAGUCAGGGAGUGUUUCUGAAACGACCUUUGACCUGCAAGGGGACAUUCACAGUGGGACGGCCCUCCCCGCCAGCAAGAGCUCAGGUAAGCUGGAUAUGGAGCGUUCAGCCAACUGCAGCGAGAGGGGCAUGGUCAAACCCAUGAUCCGCGGGGAGCAGCAGGACGGCAGGUCCCAGGACAUCCUGAGCCCAGAACUGACGCUGCCGGCCAGCAUCGAGUUCAGGGACAACUCCGAAGAUGCCUUUCUGUCGGCUAUCAUCAACUACACCAACAGCUCCACGGUGCAUUUCAAGCUGUCCCCCACCUACGUACUGUAUAUGACCUGUCGCUACGUCAUGUCCAGCCACUACCGGCCCGACGUCAGUCCCUCGGAACGCACUCACAAGGUCAUAGCCAUCGUUAACAAGAUGGUGAGCAUGAUGGAAGGAGUCAUCCAGGAGAUUCCUGAAGGGGCCCAGAAGCAGAAGAACAUUGCGGGGGCCCUGGCCUUCUGGAUGGCCAAUGCCUCAGAGCUGCUCAACUUCAUCAAACAGGACAAGGACCUGUCGCGCAUCACACUGGACGCCCAGGACGUGCUGGCACACCUCGUCCAGAUGGCCUUCAAGUACCUGGUCCAGUGUCUGCAGUCUGACCUGAAUAAUUACAUGCCUGCGUUUUUGGAUGACCCAGAGGAACAGAACCCUCAGAGGCCCAAAAUAGAGGACGUUUUGCACACCCUGACGGGCGCCAUGUCGCUGCUGCGCCGUUGCCGUGUCAACGCGGCGCUGACCAUCCAGCUGUUCUCGCAGCUCUUCCACUUCAUCAACAUGUGGCUGUUCAACAAGCUGGCGAUGGAGGCCGACUCUGGGCUGUGUUCACACUACUGGGGCGCCAUCCUCCGCCAGCAGCUCAGCCAUAUCGAGGCCUGGGCAGAGAAACAGGGCCUGGAGCUGGCCGCCGACUGCCACCUCAGUCGCAUCGUACAGGCUACGACUCUCCUCACCAUGGACAAGUACUCCAUGCAGGACGUGCAGAACAUCCACAACACCUGCUUCAAGCUGAACUCCCUGCAGCUCAACGCCCUCAUGACCAACUACCACUGUGCUCCCGACGAGCCUUACAUCCCCCCUGAGCUGAUAGACCACGUGGUUGCCGUGGCGGAGAACACAGCAGAUGAGCUGGCCCGUAGCGACGGCCGAGAGGUCCAGCUGGAGGAGGACCCCGACCUGCAGCUGCCCUUCCUGCUGCCCGAGGACGGCUACUCCUGCGACGUCGUGAGGAACAUUCCCAACGGAUUCCAGGAGUUCCUGGACCCCCUUUGUCAGAGAGGAUUCUGUCGGCUAACCCCUCACCCCCGCUCCCCUGGGACCUGGACCAUCCACUUUGAAGGAGCCGACUGCGACAGCCACUUCUUUGCAGACAACUCCGACCUGCAAAUGCGGAAGGAACCGGAAGUUGUGACGGUCACCCUGAAGAAGCACAAUGGCAUGGGCCUCAGCAUUGUGGCUGCCAAGGGUGCUGGACAGGACAAGCUCGGGAUCUACAUCAAGUCUGUUGUGAAGGGAGGUGCAGCUGAAGUGGACGGUCGUCUGGCUGCAGGGGACCAGCUGCUAAGUGUGGACGGCCGCAGCCUGGUGGGCCUCUCCCAGGAGAGGGCUGCAGAGUUGAUGACGAGGACAGGCUCUGUGGUGACACUGGAAGUGGCCAAACAGGGUGCUAUUUACCACGGCCUGGCCACACUCCUCAACCAGCCUUCUCCUAUGAUGCCCAGAGCGUUACAAGGAGGGCGUGAUAAGAAUGGUAAACUGAGACCAAAGAGUGAAGGCUUUGAACUGUACAACAACUCAGUCCAGAACGGCUCUCCAGAGAGCCCCCAGGGUGACUGGCAGGCCUACCCAGAACCAAAGAAGUUGAGCGGGGAGGAGAGACUACUGAAGAACCGGGCCGACCACCGCUCCAGCCCCAACGUGGCCAACCAGAGUCAGAGUCCAGGAGGAAAUACCGUCUACCCAGGAGGACCUGGGACAAAGAUCACCUCCGUCUCCACGGGCAACCUGUGUGCUGAUGACGAGCCCUCUCCACCUCGUCCCGAGGCCUACCCAAUCCCCACUCAGACCUACCCCAGGGAAUACUUCACCAUCCCAGCCUCCAAGUCUACAGACAGGAUGGGCCCGGCCGCGGGGCAGUUAUACACUGACGACAGGGGCCCUCCUGGCUCCAUGGAAGACCACCACAACAGCAGCAUCGCCAUACAGCGGAUGGGCCACUCUCAGGAGGAGCUGUGUGACCUCCCAGGGGGCUACCCUCCAGCCCCCCUGCGUCCUGAGGACCUGGUCCACCUGCAGCAGCAGCAGAGAGAGGCUGACUACCAGCGGGGCAGUGGGGAACACUGGGUCAACCACCACCAGGUCUCCUCCUCCGUGGAGUCCUCCACUUCCAGCCAGGAGCACCUCAACUACUCCUCCAACAAGACCCAGAGCAACCACAAGAGUGGCCCAGGACGCUGGAAGACCCCUGGCCCCAUCGCCCCGCACCCAGGCCCCGUGGCUCAGGCCACACGCACAGACCUCCCACCCCCUCCACCGCCCCCUGUACACUACCAGGACUUUGAUUCCCAGCCCGACCUGCCCCUACCCCCCCCUCCCUCGGCCUCCCAGCAGCAGGCAGCAGCCGCCGACCGCAAGAAGCGCGAGGAGCAGCAGCGCUGGUAUGAGAAAGAGAAGGCCCGGUUAGAGGAGGAGAGGGAGAGGAAGAGGAGGGAACAGGAGAGGAAGCUGGGACAGGUCCGUAACCCAUCCAUGCCUGUAGCCCACAACAACAACCAACAUGGGGGCACACUCCCCCCUCCCACACAGCACUAUCAGAUGCCCCCUCCCCAGUCCCCCAUGCCAAUGCAGCAGGUGCCCUUGCCCUACUUCCCCCCCCAGGGCCAACAACAGGCCCAGCAGCAGCAGCCCCCCAGGCCUGAGAAACUGUCCACUCUGCCCAGAGCGACGACCCUGCCCCCUCAGGGAAACCCAAUGGACACAGUGAUCAGAGAGCUGCUCCCCCAGCAGCAGCCCCGCACCAUCGAGCGCCGGGACCUGCAGUAUAUCACCAUCAGCAAGGCGGCGCUGUCCUCCAGCGACAGCCUGUCCCCAGACCCCUGGAAGAGGGACGCCCGGGAGAAGCUGGAGAAGCAGCAGCAGCUGCACAUCGUAGACCUGCUGGACAGGGAGAUCCAGGACCUGCAGGCCAAGCCGGAGCGUACGGCCGAGGAGAGCGACCGGCUCAGGAAGUUGAUGCUGGAGUGGCAGUUCCAGAAGAGACUGCAGGAGUCCAAGCAGAGUGAUGAGGAAGAUGAGGAGGAUGACGACGAGGACGUGGACUCCAUGAUGAUCAUGCAGCGGCUGGAGGCGGAGAAGAGAGCAAGGUUGCAGGAUGAGGAGCGGCGGCGGAAGCAGCAGCUGGAGGAGAUCCGUAAGCGCGAGGCGGAGGACCGGGCCAAGCAGGAGGAGGAGAGACGCUGGAGAGAGGAGGAGAGGGCCAGACGAGAGGUCGAUGAGAAGAGGAGGCAGGAGGAGGAGUACUACACACGUCUGGAGGAAGGGCGGCGCCGGCAGCACGAGGAGGCCGAGCGCAAGCUGCUGACGCCUGACGAGCCUGGUCUGUACAGACCUCCCCUCCCCAGGGACUACCAGCCUCAGCCCCCCCCUCCCACUGCAUCCCCCGCAACCACUGCCACUAACGCUCCACCACCCCCGCCUCAGAGAAACGCAUCCUACCUCAAAACCCAGGUCGUCUCCCCUGACGCCUUGUACACUGCCAAGUUUGUCUCGUAUAAUGACGAGGAGGAGGAGGACGCUGCAGGUCAGGUUAAGCUCUCCGCCACCAGAAAGUCCUAUGGUGACCUCCCGCCCGCGCACAAGCCGCAGCCGCCUGCGCGCAAGCCCCGCCCUCUGUCUGAUGGGAUCUUUCUGUCCAGCUCAUUCCAGCUGCCGGCUGUCAAUGCCAACAGUACUGCAGGGCAGCCCCCUCCCCCUCCCCCUCCCAUCAAACCCAGCCUCAGCUUCAUCCCGACAGGCAACUCUAAAGGAUUUCAUUCAUACACUGGAAACACAACCGGGGUUGUAGGAUCAGAAGAAGGUUACAAGGACCUGCGAGAGAAGUGGACAAAAGGUGGUCAAGAACAGGAGAACACUUUAACUGGAGAAGCGCCAGAGAGUAUGACCUUCAAGGAGCGCCAGCGGCUCUUUUCUCAAGGGAAGGAGGUGUCCAACAAAGUCAAGGCCUCACGGAAACUCAUGGAGCUGGAAAAUGAACUCAAUACAAAGUAGUAGACUGGAGCCUUAGCAAGACAGACCACCAAGCCCCAACUCGGCAACGAGAGGGCCAGGUUUCGUUUCCCAGUGACUCUCCUUUUUUGUUUUUUUGUUUAAUAACUGGACCAUUAUGUACAAUUUAAAUGUAUCAUUGCAAUAGGAGAGACAUUUAUUUGCAUAAUUUUCCUCUUAAACUGUCGAAGAUAUAUUAAAAUAAACCACUGUAAAAACGUUUUUAAUUAUACUAGUAAGACACAUUUGAAAUCACGUGAAGGGGGGGAUAUAUUAAAAUUAUCCACUGUAAAAACGUUUUUAAUUAUACUAGUAAGACACAUUUGAAAUCACGAAGGGGGGGAUAUAUUUUUGUGUGUAAAAGGAUUCUUGGGUUAGGGAUGAAAAGUUUUGCUUAUUUAAAAAAAAAAAUGUAAUAGCUUACUGUGAUGUGGAAUAUUUUAUGGUAUUUUAUGCUCCUUCUGCAUUACAUAUUUUCACACUUAAUUUCUCCUUGUUUAAAUAAAUGCCCAGGCUUUCCAUACCAGACUAAUCAUUUUAGUUAAACUUCUUAUACGCAGUGGAGGCUGCUGAGGGGAGGACGGCUCAUAAAUGGCUGGAACUGAGUAAAUGGAAUGGCAUCAAACACAUGGGAAACUUGUUUGAUAUAUCGAUACUAUUCCGCUAAUUCCGCUCCAGCCAUUAUCAUGAUCCCGUCCUCCCCAAUUAAGGUGCCACCAACCUCCUGUGACUCAGUGAUUCAAAUGGAGUAAUGUUGUCCAUUCUGGUUUGUGAUACACUGUUCUUCAUUCCUUAGAAUGUGGGUUUAGUUUUGCUCCAGCUAUUACUGGAAGAUGCUAUGUCUUCAUUAUGACUUCCACAUAUAUAAACUGGUUUACUGGGUCCUACUGGGGGUCCACUUGAGUGCACACACACACACACUGUAAAUAUCUCUCUCGUUCCAAACAGAACUUAUACUUCGUAAUAGUAGCAAGUCUCUCAUUUGGUGUUCAUCUUCAGAAAUGGACAGUUCAGACUUUAUAGAAGUGUGACGUAGGAAAUUUAAACAAUUAACUCCUAUCUUUUGGUUCUCGCUGUCAAUGGGGGUGUUAACAGUUUAAUGUUUUCUAUUCCCCCCACUUUUUAGUAUUGAUUUUCUUUGAAUUGAAUAGUCAUUUGCAGAGUUGUGAAAUUUGACAAGUUGUAUACAUCACCAGUAUGAGGGAAAUUACUUCACUGUCAGUUCAAAUGAUAAUAAAAAUCUAAAGUAGGAACAUUGUUUGAACCUUAUGUAAUGUACUUGCACAGAUUUUGUUUAUUUAAAAUGUUUGAGCCUUCUGUUAAAUCUAUAAAACAUGGAAUACAUUUGGAUCUAAGGCUACUGUAGGAAACUAUUAUUUGAAGGAUUUGGGCAGUAUGCUAUUUACAUGAAGUAAAUCUCUCCGGUCUUAAACCCCCUACAUCUCUUCAUUCACAGCUUUUUGAUCCAUCUUGUGUAAAUAUUCUUUUCAGGAGAACAUGUGCCAGAUUUCACUGUUAACUUUAAUUGUGCAUAAAGUAACGGUGGCAAUAUCCUGUUUCAGCUUCGAAGACUGUAUUCAACUUUGUUUCUCAUUUUAGGUUACAUUUUAAUAAUUUAAAUUGUUUUGCUUGAGCCUUUUGUAAAUCAUGAAUAAAUACAGAUUUUACAAAAUGCUGGAA